AUGUGCGGCCUGGUCCCGGGUUGGGGACCCGCGGCAGGAGUGGGGUCCUGUGCCUUGUGGCUGUGCCUAAGUCUGUACCUGAGCGGCGCUGCAGCCACCUGGCUGCUGGGGACACUGAUUGCGCUCCUGUGCUGGAGCCGGCGCUCCAGGCCACUGGACUUUUCCUCUUCCUGGAACUGCCUGGCCAUGGCUGUCGGCUGUUCACUGCAGGGCCCUGUUUGUGGAUAUCCACAGGAGACAGCUCAGGGUAGAAGAGUGGUCAUUUCUCAAAGUAUUGACAGAGCUCUGAAAGAUGUGUCCGACUACAGCUAUAAAGACUAUAUUCUCUUCUCGUUUGGGAGCCUCAGCAGAGAUGAAGGACAGCUCUACCAUCUGUUCUUAGAAGACUUUUGGGAAAUUGCCAAGCCGAUUCGCCACAGGCUGAGUCACGUGGAUGUGGUUAAAGUUGUCUGUAAUGAUGUAAAGGCUUUGCUCUCUUACUUCUGUGACCUGAAAGCUGCUCCUGCCAGACAUGAAGAACAGCCAAGGUUUUUCGUGUUGCAUGCAUGCUUGAAGGACUCACAUGAUGAAGUAAGUUCCUUCAAGUGUGUUCUUGGGUUCUGGCAUUUUUGCCUUCUCCAUGCGAAGGCUAUCCAGUCUCUCAGCUUAUGUAUAAUGCUUGCAGAAAUUCUCACAACAAAAGUAUUGAAGCCAACAGUAGAAUUACUGAGUAUUCUUGAUUACAUUAACCAAAUGCUCCUUGCCCAGUUGGAGUACAGAAAGCAGAUGAAGGAACACCACAAGAGAGAAACAUGUGAUCCUUCUUACAAGGGGUUCAUCAAGCUCAUCAACAACAACUCUGACGUGGAGUUAUUGAAGCAGCUCAGGUAUCAAAUUGUAGUGGAUAUAAUCCAGGCAUCUACAAUUAGCAACUUCCCACAGCUGAAGAGGCACAAGGGUAAGGAGUCAGCUGCCAUGAAAACUGAUCUCUUGAGAGUCAGAGAAAUGCCAUGGAUCUGCCACCUGAGUCGUGAUAAAACUUGCUGGUUAUACAUAGAAUAA